AUGCACUUUUCACACCUCGCAAUCAUCACUGCGCUGGCGGCCGGUCUCGCAGCUGCUGCCCCUGCUAUUAUCCCUGGCCACGCCGAAGGUCUCAGUGCUCAGAACAGAAUGGUUGCCGGAGACGACAUAAUCACAGUCGGCCUCACCACCUCCAAGGACAAUGACAAAACCUACCAAGUCACCAUCAAGACACAGCACGAAUGCUGCUUGAAGGGUCAUCCAGCAGGCUUUUUCAAGUGCUACAAGAGCAAUAAGUGGACUGAGUAA